CCACAGCUGCAGCAUUUCCAUUGUGUUUCAAAUCUAGCAGCAUCAUUUUAUUAUAGCCUGUUUGAUUCUUUUCUAGAUACAAUGAUAAGGAGCUGUGCAGGUGGAUGGUGUCUUUUAUUCCUGGCUGCCAUUUUUCCAGGUGUUCACCUCCAGGGAAAUGGCCGCUCCACUCAGGCUGCCUCCCACUCUGAACUCCCCUCAGAGGCUCAGAUCUACCAGCUGCCGGUCCUGUGGCCCAUUGAGACAACUCCUUUCGUAGGGACCUACACGGUGGAAAACCAUGCUGGGAUAACCUGCAUCAAAGCCACCAUGGGAGUAGAAUACAUUGUCAUCGAAAAGAAGAAGUCCUGGUAUUUUAACCUGGACCCCUCCAGAGUCAUAACCAAUGGUCUCUGUGGCAAAGACACUGCUGUCCUGUUUCUCACUCUGCCGGGUUAUGCUGCCAGUCUGCAGUUCACCUUCAAAAAGGGAGCGACUCUCGACUUCUACGUCACUGACUUGGCUGCUCACCUGUCUCCUCGGCCUGUCUGCCUGGGAUGUGCCAAUAAGACUUACUCAGGUUCAAUAACACAUGACAAGCUGUUUGCAGCAGGCGAUGGACAGAGCUUCAAGUGCAGUUCUGUGAGUCUGCUUCCGACCUCUUCGGAGCUGAGGAUCAAGCUGGUUCACUUACAGGUGCAGGCCUUCAGGGUGCCAACAUUCCUGUAUGGACAAGAGGUGGAUUGUUGGACUGAUUUUUACAAGGAGCUCAUUCCCAUCAUCAUUGGGGCCACAGUGCUGACCCUCGUUCUGACCGCUUUGCUGACCUUCUUGCUCAUCAAAGACCGCCACAGAACAGGCUACGUGAGGAUUUGAGUCUGAUGUGAACCUGGAUGCAGAUUAUCUUCACCUCAAAGACCACUCCAACCACAGUUACCAUCACAAAAAGUUCUCAGAUUUUCUCUCUUUAAUUAGUAUUUGACUUUUUCCUCAAUAGAUUUGUCUGAUAUCAUCUUAUACAGAACUCAUGUCUGUAAAUGCAAACAGUAGACCUAUUAUUGAACUUUUACAUUUUUUACUUUUUACAUUUUUUUUUGCAUUGUCUUUGUAACUCUUAAGUACCUUAAUUUCAUUUUGCAUUUCAUUUGU